UAUUGGCUGAUGGACUUAUGCAGCUGCUUGUCAACAAGAUGGCCUUCCUCCUCUCGCCGUUUUAACACAGAUUAUUUUGGUAUCCCCGAGAACAUACUGUGAAAGCCUGUGACACUUCUAGAUAGACAGCGGAAGAGAGAUUGCUGUGAGACCUGGUUUGACGUACGGUCAAGAGGAUUCUCUUCAGGGAACUGACAGGCUGAAAUGCUGCGAUAGUGGCUAGUAUUAAGCAAGGUUGAUAAACCAGAAAGUAGCUGUGGGCUAAUGUCGACGUUAGCCUGCUAGCUGGUUAGCCUAGCUACGUGGACUCGGGAUAGUCAACUCGUGUCACCUGUAUUAGACUAGUUUGGUUGGAAGAAAACACGGCUAACAAGGACUUGUCACCGACCUUCUGCUCAUCGUGGGGUUUCCGUGUAGAACAACCUACCAGGUUUUAUGCCCGGUGUUGGUCUUGGUGCCAGUCUGGUGGCUACUGGAACAGAGACGAACGAUGAGCGCUCCUGGUGUUUGCUGGCCAGCAUAGAUGCAGAUAUGCCACGGUGGUCCUCAUCCUGAUGGACCGAGACACCUUCUCCCACAUCCGGCUGUGGUGCCCUCGCCCCUUCGGCACCUACUCCCAGAACAAAGCUCGGAGUCCAGGGUCGGGGGGCAACAGUGGGGGAGCCAGUGGGGCAGGUUCCCCCUCAGUCUGCAAGGCUGAGCUCUCGCAAGGUGCCAGGAGGACGCCAGAAGAAAGUGAAGAUGUAGGGAUGAUAGUUGGGGGUAGGGAGGGAAAGGAGGAGGAGGAGGAUGUGGGGUCAGAGAACACGCCACCUGAACCUGAGCUUGAAUCUGGGGCCAUUACACAAACCCAGGCCCCUCAGCCUCCUCCUGCUCCGCCCUCGCCACCAACUACAGGGUCUCAGAUGCAAGAUGGGCGUGUGCUGUUGGACACCUGGUAUGUUAUCAAACCAGGGAACACAAAGGAGAAGAUUGCCUUUUUUGUUGCACACCAGUUGAGUGGAGCAGGCCAGCCCAGACCGAGUGCCAUGAAGGUUAAAGGUAACUGGGCAACAGAUUGCAGUAAAGCCAAAAGACGAAGGCGGUGCUCAUCCUACGACCCUCCAACGCGCUCCCAAGCGCCGACUCCUGACACCUCCAUACGACCUCCAAGCCCUGAUGAGCUACCAUUAGGUGUGAAUGAGACAGAUCUGCUUUCUGUGGCUGAGAUGGUUGCCUUGGUGGAGCAGAGGACCGCCAUGGCCCUUCAGGGCAUUGUGGCAGUUCAUUCAAACCAGCACCACCACCAGUCGCUAACCAGCACUCAUAGUCAGGGCUUCCCCCCCAACCAACAUACUCUGCUCCAAGGUACAGUCUCCGACCCUUCUCCCAUGCUGUUUGAAUCAAACGGCUCAGACAGUCAAGCCGCUAGCGAAUCCCAAAAGCCAUCAUCUCCAAUCCAGACGGACCAGGAGUUCGAGGAGGAGCAGGAGUCGUACAGGGUGGCUCAGGCCAUCGCACACUUUGAAUCUCAGACCCUUGAGAAUCGCCUCCAUCUGGGUUCUGGAUCUGGAGUACCCUCAAAUAAUCAAAAUGGAGAUGGGGAGCUCAGAAGAGGGGACACUGUAACACCACCUCCACCACCCAACCACACCCAUGGGGAGGUGAGGAUAGCUUUCAGAGUGUCAAAUAUGGACCCGCGCUCACAACUGGAGCCAGCUGGCCGGUCCCGCUGUAUGUUUAUGAGCUGUGGUGGGGGGAGUAACCAGGCAGCUGCCAGGGCCAAAGAGAAAAUCACCUGUGACUUGUACCAGCUCGUCAGUCCGUCUUCAAGAGAUCCCAGUAGUCUGUUGCUUGCCGCCACAGCUUCCACCCCCAAACCAGACGGAGAUCUCCAUCAAGACAAUCCGUCCUGCGGCACCCCGGACCCCAACCAGGAACUCUCCACAGGAGAGAAGAAAGGGGGUGUCGGGAGGGAACGAGUGACCGGGUUCCAUGUGGAGGUUGUGGUGACGGGUGCUGUGGACCAGUGUGUCUUCUACGGCAAGGACAGCACAGAGAAUGUGCAGGAGGAAACGGUGUGUUUCGCAAUGCCUACAGCGGGAGGGGGUGGUGGUGGUGUUGGCAGCUCAACUGACCCAUCAUCAGACGAUCCCCCUCCUGGACAGCUCUUUUUCCUUCAGUCCCCUAGGGGACCAGAGGACGAUAUAACUGCAAAGACAUCUGGCAGCGGGGCAGGAAUGUGCUCUUUGGACUGCGCCAACAACAACAGUCCUGGCACAGGGGUAACAGUGGGCUCAGUGGAGCGGGCGACACGUCCAGACUCCCCUGGUGUCAGGGAGGACUGCUCUGACCCUUCGCUGUGUCGCCUUUACCGCCAUGUGUCCCACGACUUCCUGGAGAUCCGGUUUCAGAUCCAGCGGCUCCUCGAGCCAAGACAGUACAUGUUGCUGCUCCCCGACCACAUCAUGGUGAACAUCUUCAGCUACCUACCCACUCGCUCUCUGGCGGCCCUUAAGUGCACCUGCCACUACUUUAAGGCACUGAUCGAAACCUACGGGGUGCACGCGGUGGACUCACGCUGGAACCAGGACCCCCUCUACAGAGACGACCCCUGCAAACAGUGCAAGCGUCAGUAUGAGCGUGGGGACGUUUCUUUGUGCCGCUGGCACCCCAAACCUUACCACCAUGACCUGCCUUACGGACGUUCCUACUGGAUGUGUUGCCGGCGUACGGACAAGGACACUCCGGGUUGCCGGGUUGGGCUCCAUGACAACAACUGGGUGCAGCAGCCUGCUGACGGCUCCCAGCCCAUCCGCACCAAGAGGGAAGAACGGAGGGAGGAGGCCAGGUAGAGGGUGCAAACCAAGACUCAUCUCAUUGCAUACCUCCUCCCGUCUCUACAUCACUGGUCUGAGAACUGGGGUACAGAGAGGGCAACGGGGGAGGAAUCAGCACUCCAAGACUGUUUGCUUGUCUCCUCUUCUUUCUCCUUCUUUCUCUCAAUAGAGAGAGGUUGAGAUCUGAAGAAGAAAGCGAAGCAUCACACUCCUUGCCUUUUUAUUUCUCUUUCCAACUGCUCCAGAAUCCUUCUCUCCCCCCCUAGAGUGGCUAAUAAAAGUUUGUACACCAGGGUUGGGGUCCUCUCCUGCUGCUGUCAGUCUCGUCUCUGAGGGGGUUCUGUUUAAAUAUGCACAUGGAUGUUGCAGUAGGCGAUUUUAUGUAAAAACGUUGCAGUGUUUGGAUUGAGAUUAGCAUUCAUAAAGUGACGUAUAGAAAUGUAAUGCCCACCAGUGUGCUUUCAGCUCCCAACACGUGGCCCGCGUUGUGUUUUGCCCCAAGCAUCCAUGUUUAGCUGUACAGACGGGCUUCAAGGGACAUGUAAAACCUUUCAGUGCAGAAUGUUUUGAGUUAUUACAGAAAUGUGAUUGUA